AUGGAAAAGAAGAUGGAGGAGUUACUAGAAAGAUCCAACAUGUCAGCAAGGAAGGCUACGGGCCUAAGAUAUGAUGAGUUGUGCAUGCAUCCGGAUAUGACCUUACCAAAAGGGUUCAAAAUCCCAAAAUUCGAAAUGUUUAAUGGGACAGAAAAUCCCAAGGCACACCUCCGGUCCUACUGUGACCAAUUGGUCGGGGUUAAGAAAAAUGAACCUUUGAUUAUGCGACUAUUCAGUUGUAGCCUGACCGGGGAAGCUGCUAAGUGGUUCGCAACUCAAGACAUGUGCCAAUGGCUCACUUGGAAGGACAUGGCAGAAUCUUUCAUGGAGACAUUUCGCUUUAAUGUCGAAACAGUACCUGACCGCUACUACCUCGAAAAGGUCAAACAGAAGUCAACAGAAAACUAUAGGGUGUUUGCCAGUAGGUGGAGGGCCGAGGAAUCCCGUGUGCAGCCACAGAUGUGUAAGGGAGAGCUAGUCUCCGUGUUCAUUAUGUCCCAGGAGCCGGACUUCUACGACAGAAUGUUGUCGAUGGCUGGGAGGCCAUUUGCUGAGUUGGUCAAAAUGGGAGAGGCCAUCGAAGAUGGUCUUAAAUCUGGAAAAAUAGUCAACAUUUUCAACAAAGAAUCCGGACAAACUACUACAGGAAUCUUCCGCAAGAAGAAAGAGGCGUGGCAAGCAUAUCCCACAUUCUGA